GGAAAGGUGAGUGGAGAGAGGGAAUGAAAACCAACAUAUGACAGAUUUGAACCCAUGUCCUGAAGAGCCACCUGAAGGCUUCUUGGGCUUGAUCUAAAUAGUUGAGCUAUCCAUGUGUUGGAGGACAUGGAGAGGAGAAGACAGGAAUGAACAAAUGACAAUGCUCCACCAGUGAUAACUCGUGUUAAAUUAUCUCGUUAUCUCAGGAAAUUGGCCUUUUGCUUUCUCUUGAACUUGAGAUAUUGACAUUAAAAAAUAAUUGCAAGCACGGCUGUUCUUGGCUUCCAUUUACACCUCACAGUGACACUUUGUUGUAAACAGGUUUAUCUGCUGACUGGCAGAAUCUACAUAACACACCCACUUUACUACAUGACACACCCACUGAUCAGGAUUAAGCAAGAGCAGUGAGAUGGUUAGGUUUCGGGGUGACUGGGGUGUGUCAUAGCAUGCUGUUAAGGUGACAACAUUAGGUGGGGUGUGUCCUAUGGGCGUGUAAAGUGGGUGUGUCGUGUCGUAAAAUGGGUGUGUGAUGUAGGUCUACAGAUAGACCCCUCUUCUUUGUUGCCGCCCUGUACGGAAAAGGACCCUUCGGGCUUUAGGACCCCGGUUUCUAUCCCGUCGACGGGGGCGCGCACAUGACGUAACGACGCUCGAUCCCAGUCAUAUGUGGGGAGCAGGGCAGACCGCGUCAUAUCAACUAUUAGAAACUGAAUUAAAUUGACCCUGGUCUGCCACCUGGUGUGGAGGGCUGUAACCCAGUCAGGAGGGGUGGGUGGAAGAAUGAUGAGCGGGAAGAGCCUGCUGCUGAAGGUGAUCCUGCUGGGGGACGGAGGAGUGGGCAAGUCCUCCUUGAUGAACCGUUAUGUCACAGACCGCUUCGACUCCCAGUCCUUCCACACCAUUGGUGUGGAGUUCCUCAACAGGGACCUGGAGGUGGACGGGCGCCUAGUUACUCUUCAGAUCUGGGACACAGCGGGCCAGGAGCGCUUCAAAUCCCUGCGCACGCCCUUCUACAGAGGCGCCGACUGCUGCCUGCUCACAUUUGCUGUGAACGAUCUGCAGAGCUUCCAGAACCUUGGCGGCUGGAAGAAGGAGUUUAUGCAUUAUUCGGACGUCAAAGACCCUGAGCGGUUCCCUUUUGUGGUACUUGGGAAUAAGGUAGACAUGGAGCAAAGGGAAGUGGGGGAGGAUGAAGCACGGGCCUGGUGUGAGGAGAACGGCUGCUGCCCUUACUUUGAGACCAGUGCUAAGGAUGACACUAAUGUCACAGCUGCAUUCGAGGCAGCUGUCAAGGAAGUUCUGGCUGCUGAGGACCAGAUUGACCACACGCUACUGAGUGGUACUAUAGAUCUCCAUGGCAACCGCAAAACAGCUCGCACUUCUUGCUGCUGACUGGUCAGGUGUGAACCCACGUUUUCAUAAUCUCUCUGACUGAAACCUGCCUGGGGCAGUUUUGGAGAGCCAGUCAGAUAUUGUUUAUGGUACAUGUACUGUAGGUACAAGGUACUGAUACUGUAUCACCUACAGAUAAUAUGGAUAAGAUACAGCUGCUCUAAGGAGAGUUGUGUCACAGGUUUGACCAGUGUCUAGAUUUGUUGAAUUGUUACUAUAACCAAGGCACAGGCACUCUGUAACAGGCACACUCAUCUUGGUACUCUGUCUGCUUUCAGUAGUGCUGCACAAAACAUUUUACCCAGCUUCAGCGUUAUCUGCCUAUGCAGGGGUUGUAUCAAAUAAUGCUUCCAGAGCAUUUAUUUUAAUCAACAUAAUUGAAAUUUUAAAUAAUACACUCAACAAACGAUUUUACAAAUCCUCUCUUGAAGAGCACACUACUAUUGGCACAGCAACAUAGGUCUUGUUAUUUCUCAACUGUCUGUCCAAGAGCUGAUUUUUCCCGAGUUUUAGGGGGACUUUGAAUAUACCAUCGAUUUCUCUUGAUAUCAGAUAUUUUAGCUGUUGCAGGAGAACUGAUGUAUUUUCUGGACACAGACAAUGAGGCAGACAGUGAGUUGACAGUGUUCCCUGUCCAGGCAGAUAUUGUGUGUCAGAACUCCCAUUAUCAGUAUGACGGUACUUAAAUAUGAUUUAAGGUAUGAAAAAGAUAAAUGAUUGCUGCACUAAUAUGGAAGAUGACCAUGUUUGUCUUCAAUAGGAAGGGAAUUGCAAGCUUGAAUUUUGCAGUUGUGUAAGAAUUGGGUUUAAACAAUUGUGGUGCUCUUAUCUCUUACUACUACACUACAGUGUAGCCAGAUGUGUUGUCAAGUGUACAAGUCAGGCAUUAGCAGAUCAUUUUUAUGUCCCAUGAUUUAGGUACAUGAACCUGUAUAUUAAGGUUCAGUGUUUCUCAAAGUUCAGAAAUUACACUGCUUUUUCUACUGUUGUUCAUAAACUGCUGUUUAUUUUGCUGUGAAGCACAUUUCCAUCCUUUAAUGUGUUAUUUUUUUGCAAACAUGCUCUGAUAUUUACAUUAGGCUUCGGUGUUUGAUCAGGGGCUGAUUAGAGUCUGUACUCCUGAUGUGCAGAGGAGGUUAUAAUUAUUAGAAUUAACAAUAAUUUUCAUAAUUAUGGCAUGUUUGUAAUCCUGCGUCUGCCCUGUUGAUUGCGUGCCAAGCCUUAACAUUCCAGUCCUUUAGCUUUGCCUAUUCUGAAGGUCUCUUUGCUCUACGGUAUAUUACAUAUUAAAUAUUACAUACGCCUUGUCUGGUCAUUCUAGGUCUCAGCCGAAUGUGAAAUAUCCUGAGCACAAGGAUAAUGUCGUUACCACUAAUGCGUGCAAUGUGCAUCACCUGUCCUCUCUGUUCAAACAUAUAGCUGAGUAUUCUGAGGACUUUAUGAUGUUUACCAGUUCUCAGCUGAAUGGUACUUUACUUUUAUUUCAAUGUUUUUACAUACAGGCUUACUUGCCGUAGGUACAUUUGACUUUGGUUUACUGCUUUUGGCCACAGGGCAUUGUUCUUUGCCUUUAUGGUUUGAGAAAAUAAUAUGGCUGGUGUUUGAAGCUUCAAACUGAAUUUAACAUGUUUUGAAUUCAUUCUUGUCAGUAUUUUAAUUGCUGCUUCAAUAGUAUUUUAUAUUGUGUCUGCUCAAACAACCAAACCUGUUGCAUUAAUAAGAGAAAAUGUUUUCAUCUUCUGAAUGCACAAAGUUACUAUGGGUCUCAUUAUAGCUCCGUGUUCUCAUAGGGUUUUCUUGUGUAUUGUGUUAGCCUGAGAUCACAUUAUUUGCCUUUCAAGUCAAAAAUUGCAUCAUAAAUCAGUAUGCAUGCAGACUAAUGAUGAACAUUACAAAGAGCUUCACUGUGAAAGUGAACCCAAUCCAAUCAGGUACUGUCAUAUUUACUUAUAAUAUGGUUCUUUGGUUUAAUGUAGGCUUAUAAUAAAUAGCUUGUUUAUAUGAUUACUGUAAGUUUUAUAAGGUGUGUUUGAGUACUGGUACUCACAGUGUAUGAGAGAAACUUAAUAAACUGUGAACUGAGUUGGGCAUUUUUACAUAAUCGAGCUGUUAGCCUACAUUAAUCCAAAGCAAAAAUGAGGGCUGUUAGCUUAUCAUUUGUCAGGUUAAUGUUUUCUUCUUACUGUAAUAUUUAAUUUUCUAUCCCGUUAAAAUGAUGUAGCUGACCUCAGCGUUCACCUGAAAUCUAAUAUACCUGAGAAUCUGAUAUUUAUAAGCUGGUAUAAUAAUCUACAGUAUGUUUCCCUUAUGGUGUUGUCUUAUAUAACUGCGACCCUGUCUAAUGUCAGUAUUUUUUUAAAUGUUGCUGUAAUAUUUAUGAAUGUAAAAACUAAUUUGUUUGGGCUGACCUUAUUAAUGGCUGAUGUAUACUGCAAACGACAUUCAGUUUAUAAUAAUAAUGUACAAAAUGACACUGAACGUCUGUUUCGCUCUCCCCAGUGCUCAACCCGUGAGUGUGGUUUAAGCUGUGUGAAAGUUAAACUGUCCAACUUGAUCUUGAUUAUCUGUUCAUCUAACGUACAACUUCCCUUACUCCUCUUUUUGCACUACAGAGGAUGAGACUGUGCCAACAUGCUGGCAAAGCGUUGAAUACUCUUCCAGUGCUUGGCUACAAAUAAAACAUGCGAUAUACCAAAUUAA